AUGAUGAAGCGCACCCCUUUUUUCAUGGCAAUAUUGUCCUUUCUGCUCGUCUUGUCUCGAACUCAAGCCGACAGAUCUGAUACUACUACUCUUCUUAUCAAGAGCCAGAUUUCGAAGAAUCAGGCUCGACUUCACCCGUUGUCUCGGAUAUCCCACUCAAAGCUUAAGCUGAAAAGAGCCUUUACAAUGCGUUCUGGUGAUGUUGUUGGAGUGCAAGUUCGAGCAGGCCUGACGGCUGACGAAUGCUCUUCGGACCAAGACUGUGUCGGAUCAAGAGAAUGCAUAUAUCUAGAAGAUGACGAAAUUUUUCCAUGUUCAAACAAAAGUGAACAUGGAAAAAAUUCUUCUUCCUGGUGCUUCUGCUUCGGGGAAGAGCAUUUCCAAAUCUGCGAUUACAGUCAUGAGUGUGUAGAAGGGGAACUCUGUGCUUCCAUUGGCGGAGAGAGACCAUUCUGCCUAAGUAAGGACUACGUCGCCGAAAAUCCUGGUGUCGUUCAAACCGAUGGACUCACCUUCGAUGAGUGUGAAGCUUCUUCUCAGUGUAUUGCCCCGCGCAUAUGUGAGAUUGUGCUGGAUAAUGAUGAGCUCAAGGAAUGUAACUAUAAUCAUGACGAGCGCUGCAAUUGCUUUGCAACGCAAUUGACCGAGUGUGAAACAGACGCUGAUUGUCCGGGUAGAGCAGAAAUUUGUGCCGAAAGAACCGAUGUGGAAUUAGAGUCGUUUCUUUGCAUCUCAAAAGAUAGUGUGCGAAGAUUGUCAUUUUGGAGACCAGCUCCAGUCGGGGGUUCUCCAACUCCUACCACCAAGCCUUGUACAGGAUCGACUUCACCGCCUCCUGCUGCUCCCACGAGGCACCAAUUGCAAAACUGUGGAUACAGUUACGAGUGUGUGGAAGGGGAAGUUUGCGCUUCCACUGACGGAACAGAGCCAUUCUGUACAGCUCGGAUCUUUGCCAUCCUAAGUGCCAAUACCGUUCAAACCGAUGGACUCACCUGGGAUGAUUGUGAAGCGUCUUCUCAGUGUAUUGCCCCCCGCAUAUGUGAGAUUGUGCUGGAUAAUGAUGAGCUCAAGGAAUGUAACUAUAAUCAUGACGAGCGCUGCAAUUGCUUUGCAACGCAAUUGACCGAGUGUGAAACAAACGCCGAUUGUCCGGAUGGGGGAGAAAUAUGUGCGGAAAGAACUGAUACAGAAUUAGAAUCGUUCUACUGCAUCUCUGAAGAUAGUGUACGAAGGCUGUCAUUUUGGCGAGCAGUUCCCGCGGGGGCGCCUAGCCCGGGGCCGACGUUUUAA